AUGGCAGGUUGCUCAUUCUCCAAUUUCUUCGACAACAACAAGAACUACCAGUACACUCCAACCAUGGUCUCCUUGACGCGUGUCCAUCUCACUUCUGCUGCUAUCGCCCUCGUGGCUCUACAGCUCAGUCUGGCAACGGGCUCUCCACUGCAUGAAGACCCCAUCACCAUUUGUGACUCGUACGACCUCGGCAACAAGAAUUUUCCUGGUCGUGGGAGCGAGAUUGAAGAGGACAGCAAUUGUGUUGUCAUCAAGCAAGGAAAACUGGCGAAAGCAACGAGUCGCAAGCUAGAGACCGCGUUAGAUGGCGAUAUCAAAAAACUGGAAGACUCCUUCGGCACUAAAAUGGAGACGACGCUGAAAAACUUGCCCACCUCAGCUACGUACACCCCGUCUCCGUGGAACAGCCUGCUCUGGUUCACCGUUAACGAUAGUAUUAACUAUCAGUGGGACAGAGGCCAGCCCAGUGCUACCGAGAAGUAUGCGACGGCCUUCGGUUUCGACGUGAAAACUCUCAUGGACAGCGUGUCGGCCAGCAGUGGCGUUGACUCCAUGAACUACAGCAUUGCGUGCACCUCGGACAGCGAGUGCGACACUCCAUGGGAAUAUUGCGGCAUUCGUGCGGAGGCGAGCUCGGGCUAUUGCAUCCCGGCGUGGCUCGCCUUGGCCCAUGCGUGGGCACCAGCCUCCAUCCUAGAGAAGGAACCCAAAUGCCCUGUGACGUUCAAUGGUGUGACGUUCAAACCCUUGGACAUUAAAGCACUAUUGAUGGGAAUCUACGAUACAGCUAAUAUUUCCACCGUAUUCACAGGCGUUCGCUACAACGGGGGGAACUUCACCAUUGACAAGUAUGGUCGGAAUGAAGACCCCGCGUACCGUGACUUGAACCCCGGGUUUUUCCACAUCGCCGCUGCCAACAUGCUUGGUAAACACAAAUCCACUUUCAUCAUCGACAGAUACGCUAGUUACGAGGUGUGGACCCAGCCCGUUGACGGCUUCAAGGUGCAUGACCAGAAGGUCAUGACUCCGGAGGAGGCUGCACAGACCUUCUAUGGUCUCAAGGCGUACCCUUGGAACGAGGCCGCCAAGAGCAUUGUGCAUGUGAAAUCACGUUUGUCGUGGAGCAAUGCGACGUUUGCUGGUCGCGAAGCGGAAGUUGACGAACAGACUGGAACCGGGGAGGACUACGAGUACCUUUUGGAAAUGGACGGCGUCGACCAGAUCAUUGGUGGUGAAUGGCUGAACAAGUCGAACGACGACCACCCGGAUUUCCUUUGGUUCCCAGAAGGCAAACCUGCCGCCGACACGGUAACGGACACCGGCUUGAGCUACGCCAACGUGACGAUGUUGUUGGAGAAGUCUGUUGCAUGCGAUCAAUAAAUCUUGGAAUAUGAACCAACAUUCUAUUCCAACGGAAACAUAAGAGCUCAUAGAGUCUUACAUGUUAAUUCACGGGGCAAGUUCAUCUAGUAACACCUAGACUAACCUAUUUGAUUUGGUCC